AACACCGGGAUGAUUGUUGCGGGAUUUUGGGAUUUUCUUAAAGGUUUUUUCAGAUUCUUCACAGAUUUUUAUAUUGAUUUUGAUUUUGGGAGCCUCCUCAUCGUCUGGGUAACUUUUUUAAUCAUCAGUGCUGUCUCUGCUGUCAUCCUCUGGCUCCAGACGACCUCUGAAUCGUCUGGAAAUCGCCAGAAGAGCGACAGAAUUUCGAGAGUUGUGAAGACUGAAUUCGAGGAGAACAAUCAAAAGAGCAGAAUUAUGAUCGAAUACCGGAGAAGUGCACGAGAGCUGCACACUGCUGCUGAAAGAUGCUAUCAGAAGAAGUACAUGAUGAAAUGCAUUGAUAUUGUCUCCAAAUAUCCACCUCUAGUGAAUGUGAAGUGUCCCAUCAGUGGAUUGACACCAUUUCAUCAAGUUUGUUUUCACAGAAAUUCCUGCCUCGUCUCCUUCAUGCUAGGCCAUGGUGCUGAUCCUUCCAUUACCACAGAUCACAAAGAAAAUGCUCUUUGUUUAUCCAUUCGUUCUCACUUGCAAAAUCCAUAUACCACGGAUUUCUCGUGUCUGAAGCUUCUCCAGGGGGCAGGUUGUUUCCUGGAUCGACGGGACAAAUUGUACUUGUUAUUCCUACAAUCAGCUGUUCUCACUGCAAAUAAACCCCUCGUCCUUUGGAUUCUCAAGCAAUCUCCAUAUCCAGUGCUGAAACAGCAAUCAUUUUCUUGAUAAAAUCAUCUCCACAGGACAGAACUCCAUUUUUCUCCUCAAUCUUGAGAGU